AUGAUUCCAGUAUAUGUGACCGUAGUAGCAAUUCUGGGAUCAAACGCUCUAGGACAAGGUGUAAUUGAAUGCAGUUUUUCUGGCUCAUCUGAAACCCGUCAGUGUUUUGGUGCAGUUGGACAGCCACUCAUUUUUCAUCUGCCAAAUACAGAAAAUGUAGAGAUUAGAUUGACAAAAGAUGCUAAACACCGGAUUUUAAAGGCAAUCAGCGAAAGGUUAAUGUACCUGAAUGAAGAUUUUCUAAGACAGACAGGAAAUAUCUACAAUAGAACAAUCACAUUCGGUAACGCCAUGAAGAAACACUCGGGAGAUUACCUGCUGCAAGAAUUCACAGCUGAGGGCAAAAAUCUGAAAAAUGUCAAUCUGCAUCUUAAAAUACAUGCUCCAGUGUCAGUGCCAGCUGUGUCUCAGACUUGUUUGUCACCAGAGAAAAUGACAGUCACAUGUUCCUCUGAGGGAGACGCAGUCGAGUUCAUUUUCACUUUGGACAAUCAAUUACUGUUACAAACUAGAAAUCACAACCAGUCCCUGAGCAACAGCACAGCUGAAGAACCCAGCGUUUCCAGGAUUUCCAUUGACCUACAUGGACAGCUGACCGGAAACUUCAUGUGCCAAGUUAGGAACAAUGUCAGCGAACAUGAGACAGUUCUUAACCUGACAGCCUGCAAAGAACCAGUGUCAGAUCCAAAUGUGUCUCAGACGUGUUUGUCACCAGAACAGAUGAACAUCAGCUGUUCAGCUGAAGGAGAUGGAGUGAAGUUCACUUUAUCUCUAGACGACAACGAACUGAUGCAGACCAGAGAGGGAAGUACAGGAAAACUAAAUGUUUCAAACGUUAGUUUCAUCUUACACGGUCAACUGGUAGGAAAGCUGGUGUGUCGGGUUCAGAACGAUGUCAGCAGUGAACAGACGUCCAUCCAGCUUACAAGCUGUAACGAUGCAAGUUGUACCCUUAUUCCUGUGGCCGUAGCCGUGGUAGCAGGUCUGGUUUCUCUGCUUGUGGUUUCAGCUAUUUUUCUUGGUAUCAAGCACUUCAAAAGGAGAACAAACCAACCAAGAAGUGUGAAAGAAGGUAAUGCAGGAGAUGAAAAUGUGUACUCAGACGUCAUAUAUUUCAAAGCUAAAGACUAAACUUUGCAUUAUGUUUUAAUGGAAUAAAAAAAAAGAUCCCUUCAUCUGUUUAAUUCAAAUAGUACAUUUGACUGAUGAAUGAGAUAAGUGUAUGAUUAAUAAAUGACAGGGUAGUAUUAUUUGAAAUGUUGAAAAUAAAACAUUAGUGAGGCAACACUUGUUUGUGGCUACUUAUCAGAUAGGGUAAACAGAGGUGUUGUAUUAAAAUAUUCUAGUUUAAAUCAUAAAUAUGCUUCCUGAAAUGUAUUCUGUCAAAGAUUUUAUAUUUCAACUGACUCCUGUAUGUGUCAAUUGUAUGUUUAAGAUUUAAAAAAUUGUAUCAUGUUCAUAAUCAUUAUAAAUUGAUGUAAUACCAUUCAAACUCUUGAAGGCUAAAACUUGUAUAGGCUUACUGUGGUAUUGGGAAAAGAAAGACUUGAUGGAUGAAUUUAUUUGUCAUUAGUAAUUUAAAUAUGAUUUGCUACUAAUAGUAAGAGAUGA